CCUAGAACCCACAGAAUUCUGGGACAUCCGGAAAGAUAGCGAUCGAUAGUCACGAAGCUCUCUCCGUAGCAUACGGACUGUCCUAAGUGAAAAAGGGACAUGCCGUACUAAAAAGAAAGGGCUAGAGUACUGCUUUGUGUAACAACCUUACUUGCAAAGUGACUUAUACCCAAAAAGGAAUUUAAGAAGAAAAAAACAGCUGCACAAUGCAGAAUUGUCAUCUAUUUUUGGCCUGUAUUAUACUUGGGUUUGUCCACUCUUCGCCUGUGAAUGACAAUGGGUUUUCUGAAUUGCUGAAACAACACCGAGAAGGUACCAACAUUUUGGAUGUCACGAUGCCUGGAAUCACGCCAAAAGUGGAAGACUACUAUGUAUGUACGUCUGUGCCAGUACCGACUGGAGAAAAUUAUAUAGUCCAAUUUGAGCCUCUGGCCUCAGGAGAUAUGGCCCAUCACAUGUUAAUGUUUGGCUGUGAGCAGCCAGCUGAAAACAGGAAAUCUUGGGAGUGUGGCCAGACUUGCAGAGGGAAACCCAAUAUUUUGUUUGCCUGGGCAAAAAAUGCUCCACCAACCAAUCUUCCUGAAGAUGUGGGCUUCAAAAUUGGAGGAAGCUCUAAUGUCAGACACAUAGUGCUACAGAUACAUUAUAAAAACCCAACAAAAGAACCUGAUGCUUCAGGGGUGCGGCUGCAUUAUACUCCUGAAAGGCAGAAGAAUAUUGCAGGGAUUGCAUUGUUACUUUCAACUCAAAUUAGCAUCCCUCCACAUCAACCUGAGACAAUUUCUGACAUUUCUUGUCAGUUCAAGAGCAGCACCCCUAUUUAUCCGUUUGGGUUCCGUACACAUGCACAUUCCUUAGGCAAGGUGAUCACAGGUUACCAGUUUAAUGGCACCUAUCAUUUGAUUGGCAAGGGAAACCCACAGUGGCCACAGGCCUUUUAUCCAGUUAAGGACAAAAUUAAGAUCAGCAAUAAUGACAUCUUGCUCGGAAGAUGUGUAUUUGAUUCUACUCACAAGGAUACCUACACAAGUAUAGGACCUACACACAACGAUGAAAUGUGCAACUUUUAUAUGAUGUACUACACUGACGCCAAUGGUGGACAGCCCUUCUAUGAGUGCUUUGGCAACUGGAGGCCUGAUAUGUUUAAAAAUGGAGGAUUUCCAAGUCAAGAGUCCCUUACAGCCCUCCCCCCAAAUCCAGCUCUGGAAGAAGAAGCCGAGCAUGGCCAUUCUAGGGUAGACUCCAAAGCUGAUGAUAAAUUAGAUGAAGAAAAACUUACUCCAGCCCUAGAAGCAGUUAAGAACUGGCCAGACCUUGGGAACGUGAAGCUGGGUCAAGUGGCAGGCGUGGCUACUGAUUCUAAAGGAAAUGUGCACAUCUUUCACAGGGCAGACAGAGUUUGGGACUACAGCACCUUUGAUCCAGUGAAUAAUCAGUAUCUCCAGAGGAAUAGAGGGCCAAUUACACAGGACACGAUCCUUUCUUUCAAUCCCAAUGGAAAGUUGAUCAAACAGUGGGGUAAAAAUCUGUUCUACCUCCCCCAUGGCCUUUCCAUUGAUGACCAGGACAAUAUUUGGGUCACUGACGUAGCCAUGCAUCAGGUAUUCAAGUUCAACAAAGGUGAGGAAAAGCCCAGUUUGACAUUGGGGAAAGAAUUUGAACCAGGCAAUGACCGUUACCACUUCUGCAAGCCAACAGAUGUUGCCAUUUUACCAACAGGAGAGUUCUUUGUUUCAGAUGGGUACUGCAAUCACAGAAUUAUUAAAUAUGCAGCUGAUGGUAGUGUCAUUAAAUCAUGGGGGACCAUUGAUGGAGAAUUAGCAGCUGACAAGUACCCCAAGCCUGGUGCUUUCAAGCUCCCCCAUGGCCUCACCCUGGCAAAGGACAAGAAACAGGUCUGUGUAGCUGACAGAGAGAAUGGUAGAAUACAGUGCUUCGACUACGAUGGCAACUUCAAGUCCCAGAUUCACCUCACUGAGUUUGGACACAAAGUGUAUGCUGUUGCCUACACCCCUCAUUUUGGUGGCUUGAUGUAUGCCAUCAAUGCAGACCAGUCUAAUCCAGAGGAAAAUGAGGGAUUCACCAUAAAAUUUGACACUGGGAAGCUGCAGGAUACUUGGAAACCACAGGGAGGAUUUUCACGCCCCCAUGAUGUCGCAGUGAGCCCAGACGGCAAGUGUGUGUAUGUAGCAGAGAUUGGGAGCAACAGAGUGUGGAAGUUUCACUCUACAUUUGAUGCACAGACUCAGAGCACAGGAAGUGCUGUGAUUACAAUGAAACCAACUUCUGGAAUGAUAAGCAAUAAUCCUAGCACAUCAAAAACUGAUGUGCAAAAUUAUAAAACUGUGGGUAUCCACAAAAGCCAGAAAAAGAUGGGAAAUGGCAUAUUUAGACAGAAACCAGACAAGCCAGACUUUACAACAGAUGAGGAUGAGGCAGAGGUGGACGAGAUGAAGAAGUCUGGGAUCUCCAAGGAGGUGGAGAGUAACAAUGAAGGCUCUGUUCAGGGAGAGAAUAAUGCCACGCCCAUCAUUGUGGGAGUUGUGCUGAUCGUGCCUGUUGUCGUGGUGAUUGUUGCCACAGUGAUUAUGAGGAUUAGAGGUCGCAUGGCUCAGAACAGAUUGUACACAGUAGACACUGGCCUCAGAGGUGGGUUCAACCUGGGCAACCUCCUGGGGCGCAAACACAAAGGCUUUCAGCAGCUGAAUACAGAAGAGCUAGACCAUCUUAACAGCGACUCUGAGGACGAGUUCUCAAGAAAAACAUAGAUGGUGCUGGUAGAGUUGCAGCUUCUCAGGUGGAGGAUCAUUUGAUAUAUUUAUGGGAGCUCUGCAGUGUCAUGAGACAUUCUAUACAGGGAUAUAUAACUGAUAUUGUGCAAUUCGUUUUGUUUUGUAUAGAAUACAGAGCAUUUGUUGUUGUGUUUGUUGUCUAGUGAAGUGAUCAUGGAAAAGAGAGGUUUGUUGAUAAAAUUGUCAAUUAUUUCACUCAUGAAAAAACACACCUCAGUUCUGUUAUUGAUAUACUGGACUGCUGGUUGCUAAACACUGGUUUAGCCUUGUAGCACUAAUAAAAGUUACCAUCAAAUUCGAAUUUAAUAUACGAACAAUUAUGUCUUAUUUUUAUAGCUGCAGUGUUGGUUAAGGAUAUUUGCUUGAGGCAUAAUUGAAAAAUGGUUGGAGAUGGUACAUUAUUAUUACAGUUGUAUAUAUCAGUCAAAAAUGUUCAUUAUCCUGAAUCAAAAGGCUUCAAUAUUAUCAACAAACCUCUCCAAUAGUUUUAGAACAUUUCCGUAAAGGCAUAUUAUUGAAGAAAAGAAUGAGCAUAUUGUGAAAAAAAUCAGUGAAUUGAUUCUUAAUGCCUCGUAAAUUGACGAUGAUUCUUGAAGUAGAACAUCACUAAAGCAUUUAGGUCCGGGACUUGCCCUUUGGCCUUGUCUCUACAAAAGUACCGUGGCAUAAACGAAUGGAUAAGUUUUGGUUAAUUAUGAAAACUGUAUGCCUAUUCCUAAAUUCUUAUUUAUUUUUGUUAUACACAUAAGUAUUCAUAUAUGAUCUGGAUAGUAUUUUAAAACGAUUGUUUUGAUAAACUUCAAUUUGCUUCAAAGCAGUACAUUUCCAGAACGUGCUUGCCAGCAUGAUCUUUAUUCUAAAUGUUCUUAAUGGAAAAUGUAUGUGAAGCAUGGGGAAAAAGUAUAAAGCUGUGGGAUCCAUCAUCAUUAUUGAAACUUUCAAUAGAGACUAACAAUUUUAAAUUCAGUACAGCUCUCAGUGCAUGGAUUGUAGUUCCUGUACUGUUCUCAAGGCAGACGACACAGAACAUUCCAUAUGUUAGUUCGGCCAUUGUGCCGCAGGUCGUAAACGCGUUAUAAAAGGCAGCAUAAACAUACCACUGGUUCAUUGUGGCCCCAGCUCUUUCGCCGUUUAUUACUACUUUGAGAAUGGGGUGCUAUUGCAAAUUUUACCUUACUUGCAAAAUGAUAAAGCUACAGUCAUUUUAUGUAAUGUGGCAAAUUUAUUAUAAAUGUUUUCUUGUAAUUGUAUAAUUUGUGAAUUAAUAUGUUGUACAUAAUCACAAAAGUGGUAGAUCUGAAAUAAUUAGAAUUAGAAGAGCAGGUCAUGUGAUAUAUAGAUAUGUAUAUUUAAGAUAGCAGAGCUUGCGUAUUUUUAUUUGUUGAAAACAACGAAGAGGUUGGAUCACAAAAAAACAGAUAUUGAUAUUUGCCAUGUUUUCAAAUUACAGUCUAACCAAUAUUUUACUGAACAUUUUGAUGAUCUUGAAUUUAAAUAUGUCAAAAUGUGGAUCAUGGUGUAAAUGAAUUCUUUACAAACAAUAAUGACACUGAAAACAUAGCCAGGUCUUAAGGAAUGAUGCAUUGUGUGAUCAUACGUAAUUGAUGUAAGCAAAUUGUGCUUUGUAGAGGGUUGGAAUGAACGUAUUGUUUAUUUCAAAAGUUUGAGAAGCUUUCUGGCUUUUCGAAAGAGAGUGUAUAUUGGGUAAAAAUGUAGAAUUUGGUCACAAUCAAGUGAAUAAAUUAGUUUGUUGAAA